GGGCCCUCCUCGGCUUCCGUCCCAGAUGAUCCCUCCCCGAAGCUGCCACCGCCUCCUUCUUCUCCCGGGGCUGGAGCCACCCCCUCGGUCAGUGGCGUAGCCGGACUCUGUAUCGGGGCCAGCCAGAUAGGGGCGGAGGUCCUGAGCCCUGUCUCGACUCGAGCGGGGGGCCAUGGAGAAAGCGGCCCGAGGCGCUUUCCACACCGACUAACGCAGGCCCGUUGCGGCUGCAGGCGCCAUGGACCGAGCCCCCACUGACCAGAAUGUCAAGCUCUCAGCUGAGGUAGAGCCAUUUAUUCCCCAGAAGAAGAAUCCUGAUACAUUUAUGAUCCCGAUGGCACUCCCAAAUGAUAAUGGAAAUGUUUCUGGUGUAGAACCAACUCCAAUUCCCAGCUACCUGAUUACUUGUUAUCCAUUUGUGCAGGAAAACCAGUCCAAUAGACAAUUUCCGUUAUAUAACAAUGAUAUACGAUGGCAACAGCCCAAUCCAAACCCUGCUGGACCAUACCUUGCCUACCCCAUUAUAUCUGCUCAGCCACCUGUUUCUACAGAGUAUACAUAUUAUCAGCUGAUGCCAGCACCAUGUGCCCAAGUUAUGGGAUUCUAUCAUCCUUUUCCUACACCUUACUCCAACACCUUUCAGGCUGCAAAUACUGUAAAUACUAUAACCACAGAGUGCACUGAGCGUCCAAAUCAGCUUGGACAGGUCUUCCCAUUGUCCAGUCAUCGAAGCAGAAACAGUAACAGAGGACCAGUUGUACCAAAACAACAGCUUUUACAACAGCACAUAAAAAGCAAAAGGCCACUGGUGAAAAAUGUAGCUACUCAGAAAGAGACAAAUGCAGCAGGUCCUGAUAAUCGAUCAAAAAUUGUGCUUCUGGUAGAUGCUUCACAGCAAACUGAUUUCCCGUCGGAUAUUGCUAACAAAUCUCUCUCAGAGAGCUCUGCCACAAUGCUCUGGAAGUCCAAAGGCAGGAGGAGAAGAGCGUCCCACCCUACUGCUGAAUCCUCUAGUGAGCAGGGGGCUAGUGAAGCUGACAUUGACAGUGAUAGUGGCUACUGCAGUCCCAAACACAGCAACAACCAGCCUGCAGCAGGGGCUUUGAGAAAUCCCGAUUCUAGCACCAUGAAUCAUGUGGAAUCAUCUAUAUGUACAGGUAGUGUAAAUUGGUCCAAUGUAACAUGCCAGGCAACUCAGAAAAAACCUUGGAUGGAAAAAAAUCAGACGUUUUCUAGAGGUGGAAGGCAGACUGAACAAAGAAAUAAUUCACAGGUUGGAUUCAGAUGCCGAGGACAUAGUACUUCCUCAGAAAGAAGACAGAAUUUGCAAAAGAGACAAGAUAAUAAGCAAUUAAACGCCAGUCAGUCUCAUAGAGGCGACUCAAAUUCUGAAUCUUUAUAUUUUGAGGAUGAAGAUGGAUUUCAAGAACUAAAUGAGAAUGGAAAUGCUAAAGAUGAGACUAUUCAACAGAAACUUUCUUCAAAAGUAUUGGAUGAUUUACCUGAAAACUCACCAAUCAAUAUAGUUCAGACUCCAAUUCCCAUUACCACCUCAGUUCCUAAACGUGCAAAAAGUCAGAAGAAGAAAGCUUUAGCGGCGGCCCUUGCCACAGCUCAAGAAUAUUCAGAAAUAAGUAUGGAGCAAAAAAAACUACAGGAAGCUUUAUCAAAGGCAGCUGGAAAAAAAAAUAAAACCCCUGUGCAGCUAGAUUUGGGGGAUAUGUUAGCAGCUCUGGAAAAACAACAACAAGCGAUGAAAGCACGGCAGAUUACUAAUACCAGACCUCUGGCAUAUACAGUGGUUACUGCAGCUUCUUUUCACACUAAAGACUCUACUAACAGAAAACCUUUAACCAAAAGUCAGCCCUGUUUGACAUCCUUUAAUUCUUUGGACAUUACUUCCUCUAAAGCAAAGAAAGGAAAAGAGAAGGAAAUUGCAAAACUAAAACGGCCCACAGCACUUAAAAAGGUUAUUUUGAAAGAAAGAGAGGAAAAGAAGGGCCGUUUAACUGUGGACCACAACCUUUUGGGAUCUGAGGAACCAGUAGAAAUGCACUUAGAUUUUAUUGAUGAUUUGCCACAGGAGACUGUUUCCCAGGAAGAUGCUGGACUGAGCAUGCCCAGUGAUACUUCACUUUCUCCAGCAAGUCAGAACUCUCCAUACUGUAUGACACCUGUGUCACAAGGCUCUCCGGCUAGUUCUGGGAUAGGCAGUCCGAUGGCAUCUUCAACAAUAACCAAAAUCCACAGCAAAAGAUUUAGAGAAUACUGUAAUCAGGUUCUUUGUAAAGAGAUUGAUGAAUGUGUGACUCUUCUUCUUCAAGAGCUUGUCAGUUUUCAGGAACGCAUCUACCAAAAAGAUCCUGUGAGAGCAAAAGCAAGGAGACGGCUGGUUAUGGGCCUAAGGGAGGUUACUAAACAUAUGAAGUUAAAUAAGAUCAAGUGUGUUAUAAUUUCUCCAAAUUGUGAAAAAAUCCAGUCAAAAGGUGGCCUGGAUGAGGCUCUCUAUAAUGUUAUAGCCAUGGCACGGGAACAAGAAAUUCCUUUUGUGUUUGCCCUUGGAAGAAAAGCUCUAGGACGCUGUGUGAACAAGCUGGUUCCUGUUAGCGUAGUGGGAAUCUUCAACUACUUUGGUGCUGAGAGUCUGUUUAAUCAGUUGGUAGAGCUCACUGAGGAAGCCAGGAAAGCAUAUAAAGAGAUGGUUGCGGCAAUGGAACAAGAGCAGGCGGAGGAAGCCUUGAAGAACGUGAAAAAGGCGCCACACCACAUGGGGCACUCUCGGAACCCCUCUGCAGCAAGCGCCAUUUCUUUCUGCAGUGUCAUUUCUGAACCCAUUUCUGAAGUAAAUGAAAAGGAAUAUGAAACAAAUUGGAGAAACAUGGUGGAAACCUCAGAUGGGCUGGAAACAUCAGAAAAUGAGAGAGAGGUUUCCAGUAAGCAUAGCGCAUCUGAAAAGCCCAGGAAACUUCCGUCUGACGCAGCCCCUGUUGGUAAGCAGCCAUCAUUGCUGGCUGCAGGCAGUACUACCUCAGCUGCAAACCCUGGGAGAUCAACAGUGAGCGAUAAAGAGGAAGUGAAGCCAGAUGACCUGGAAUGGGCCUCCCAGCAGAGUACAGAGACUGGUUCUUUGGAUGGCAGUUGCCGAGAUCUCUUGAAUUCCUCCAUCACCAGCACCACCAGCACUCUUGUCCCUGGCAUGCUCGAAGAAGAGGAUGAUGAAGAUGAGGAAGAGGAGGAAGAUUAUACUCAUGAACCCAUAUCUGUAGAAGUACAGCUCAAUAGUAGAAUUGAGUCGUGGGUCUCUGAGACCCAGAGAACAAUGGAGACUCUUCAGCUUGGAAAAACCCUUAAUGGUUCUGAGGAAGACCAUGCAGAGCAGAGUGGAGAAGAGGAGGCAGAAGCACCUGAAGUGCUAGAACCAGGGAUAGAUGGGGAGGCCUGGACUGCUGACCACCAAGCAAGUCAGGAGCAGCAGAAGGCUAGCAGCUGCAGCUCGCUGAACAACGAGCCCUCUGAUCUCAGUUAUCCGCCCCCAGGUCUGUAACUCAGGAAAUGUCCACUGUCUGUAAGAGUUGCAGCCAUUCUCUUUUAUGCUUCAUCUCAACGUUUUGCACUGUCCAGUAUUUAAUAUAUGUAUUUAAUUUCUGACAAAUAUUUUUUGUAGCUGUCUUUUACUUGUUUUACUAUAAUCUGUAGCUUAGAUUUUAAUUAGCAUCUAAGUGUCUUUCUAAGAGCUGUGUGGAAAUUCAAUUGUUUGAGCUUAUGUUGUUAUGGAAAAUAAUGAUUAAAAUAGAAGACGACUAGGUUUAAAAAAAAUAAAUUUAAAAUGCCUAUUUAGAGUCAUUUUGAAAGUUAAAGAUCGAUAGGAGCACUUACCAAUGUUUCAAGACUAUGCCUCCUUCACUCUAAUUUGAUCAAAAGUUGUUUGGGCUUCUUUAAAAAAGAACUGGAGGUAGAUUUGGAAAACUGAAAAA